AUGGAAACGCAUGGUUCGAAGGAACAUCCCACUAAGGAAACGCAUGGUUCGAAAGAACAUCCAACUAAGGAAACGCAUGGCUCGACAGUACAUCCCUCUAAAGAAACACACCAUGCGAAAGCAGCUCACCACCCAGCAAAACAAAAGCAUGACCAAAAGGAGAAGGACUCGAAAGCAGUUACAGAACAGUCAAAGGAGGAGCAUGAUAAAACACAUCAUGAUAAGGAUAUCCCGAAAGACUCCCAUCAUGAAAAAGAAAAACCGAAAGGAGUCCACCAUGCUAAAGCUGCACAUCCUUCAAAAGAUGUUCAUCAUAAAGAUAAAGAAUCAAACCACCCAAAAGAAGCGCACCAUCCUAAGGCAGCUCACAACCCCAAAGCAGCAGACAAAUCAACAGAGAAACAUCAUACAAAUGGUGCACAUCACCCAAAACAUCCCGUUAAACAGGAUAAAGACAUAUCAGAAGCAUCAUAA